AAGGGAAUGGCGUCGGUCGAGGGUGCUCUGGCCGAGGUGCGGGAUCGCCUGGUCAAGGCCGUGGCCCGCUACAGGCAGGACGGGGAGGUCGUGAAGGCCUUCGAGUCGAUCGUUUCGGUCCUGGGCACCAAGAGCCAGCUCCUCAGGGUCGUGGCGUGUUUCCCCUUCGCAGAGUUGGAGCCAGUCCAGGGAAUCGCGGCGGCCUGGGCUUCGAGGCCCCUCUUCUCGAGCGUGGCGUGGAAUGGCUCAAAAAGUACAUCCCGCGGCACAUGUGGCGGACGGAUCGGCCGAUCGUGUUGCGGAGUCCGACGAGAAGAAGGCAGAGCCAGUGUUCCGCAUCAUCAAGCCUGGAGAUGCGACCUCCCAGCCAUUGGUUAGAAUCUGGGGCAAGAGCAAACGGGUCUCUAGCAACUCGCUCUUCCUCUUUUCGGUGCACAGCGGCUUCCGCCAGAAGGUGCUGAAAUUGGUGGAGUAUGUUUGGUUUGAUAAUCGGAUCUUGUUUCUCAUUGUGUUUGGCUCGCUAUUGCAGCUGUGUUAUCAUUGGCAGGAGCCGAACGACGAAGGCUACAACCGCAUGUUUAACUUCGUGUUCGAGCCCAUUUUCACGGUCUUCUUCACGCUGGAGCUGAUUCUCAAGGUCAUCGCGUGGGGCUUCUUCGUAGAGAAGCACUCAUACCUGCGGGACCCGUGGAACUGGCUCGACUUCGUUGUUGUUAUCUCAGCCCUUGUCGCUUUUCUCCUGCCGGGGAGCAGCCUGUCCUUCCUGAGGGUCUUCAAGGUCCUGAGACCACUACGGUCCCUGAACAAGGUCCCGCAGAUGAAGAUGCUCGUGAACACGGUGCUCUCGUCGAUUCCUCGUCUGGGUGACGUGGCCGUGAUGAUGGCGUUUCUGUUCGUCAUCAUUGCAAUCACUGGACUC